UUCGGGACAGUUGGAUGCUUUAGAGCAACACAUACACGUGCACUGUCCCGGCAAUGUGAAGCCUGUGUUUUGUCACCGACUAGACGAUCGCGGAAUGGUGCCUGCAGUCAAAACUAUGGCAAGCUGUGGACCAAGGCUGCGCUCUCUCAGUUUACCAUACAACAAGUUGACGUAUACUUCAGCAGUCUCGCUUUCUGCACUUCUGCUUAAAUGUCCAGCCAUGCGUUCCUUGAAUUUGCGUGCUAACGAUAUCGACGGGAUCGGUGCGCGGAAACUGUGCGAAGGCCUCAGCGUGUGUUCGUGGAUAGAGAACCUCGACCUCAGCCUAAACCCCAUCGGCAAUGAUGGGGCUCUAGCCCUGGCGGAAUGGCUGAGAUCAAACCGAAGCCUGAAACAGCUGAAUGUGGAUUCGUGCCGUAUUGCCUUGGACGGUCUCAUUGCCAUUGCCACGACACUAAGGGAGGUGAAUCGCACAAUUGAUAUCUUGAGCAUCGCAGAUGUGGAGAAGGUUCCCGUGCAAGCAGAGCACUUCUUCCACCUCGGCAGCAUGGUCGAAAUCAAUAACACGCUGGCAGAACUCUGCCUUUCGAAGCAGCGGCUAAGAGAUCAUGGAGUUAAGGUGAUGGUGCCAUUCCUGAAACAGAACAGGUCCCUCAAAAGGGUUGACCUCUCCUGCAACCAGAUUACCUUUUUAGGCGCCAAGGCCAUCUGCGAUCUUCUUCGAGUGAACACGCCGCUACAAGUUCUCAACCUGGACUGCAACAGACUGACGAAACACGGGGCACGGUACCUAGCACUCGGCGUGCAAGCGAAUCAUAAGCUGAAGAUUCUCCACUUGAACAACAACAGCAUAUCCCCCGAAGGCUUAAUAGACCUUGCGGAAGCCCUCAUGACUAAUGACUGUCUUCUCGAGGUGUCUUUGGCGAUGAACCAGUUUGACUCCAAGAGUGCGGCAGUCUUCGGCAGGUUAAUCGGACCCAAUAGCCCGCGUCGUCUGCCUCUGAAAACGGACUUCAUGACUUACGAAGUUGACGAUACGACAUUUAUCUCCAGUAUUCCUCUUGCUUCAACUUGUUUACUGUGAGAAAGAUCGUUUCAGGCAACAUGAAUGGUUGCCUGUUCGGACUCCAACGGUUUACCGCGUGUAUUUCACGGGUGCCACUAGUGGUGAUGAGAACAGGGUAGCGUUAAAAAAAUAGUGCUAAAGUGAAUUCUUCCACGGAGGCGUACACAGUCGUCAUCAAGCACCGGAGCACCCCAUGAACAGGGAUCACCAUGGAUGAUAUUUUGGAACGUAAGAGCUCGCUUUUUUUUCCAUCAACACCAAGGUAGCUACUUUCAUCGUAUCUAUCAUACAGUGUCCACUGUACACCGGGGGGCCACCUAUGUACGACAAUUGGCCAUGUGAGCAACACGAUACCGAUUUUUACGAAGACAGCCAAAACAGCUUUGGAGUUUCCGCCAGUGGAAAUGCCGUAGAGUUGCCAAAAGACAGGCGGGCGGAAAGCAAGUGACUUACGAGGGUUACUGUGGCAGAUCCGCAGUUCCAGACAGGUUUACCUGUAGAUGAUGGAGUUAGGACAAGCAUCGUAGCACACUUAAAAAAUGUUACUUGCUCAAUACAGCAAAGGCAAUCGUCCCAGUGACAGUACACAUUUGAG